AUGACCACCACCACAACCACAAUCUCCCCCACAAACCCCCCUCCUACUACUACCAGUGGUAACACUCCACACAACAUCCCCCCCUACACCCCCAUGACCUCCCUCUCGCACGAACUCGGCAUCCUCUUCGGCUUCCUAGCCGCCUGUUUCGUCGUGAUGGGCGUAUAUGUAUUCUUCUGGAGAGGAUUGGGGUUGCAUCAGAGGAAUAUUAUUAUUACUCCUGAGAAUUCUGCUUCUGCUGGAAGUGGGGUGGGUAUGUAUAAGGAGAAUGAGAUCGGGGUGGCGUUGACUACCGGGAUGGAUGUGGUUUCGUCGCCGAGUUUGGGGCCCAUGACGCCUACUUCUACGACUGUUUCGGCUUCUGGUGGUGGUGGUGGUGCUGCUGCUGGGAGGGAGAUUCCGGUGGGGGUUGGUUCGAUUGCUCCUAUUGGGGGGAGGAUGAAUCUGGGGUCUAAUGUUGGUGGUGUUGCUGGUGGUGGUGGUAGGAGGGAUGAGAUGGAGUAUGGGGUUGAGAUGGAUGUGUUGGGGUUUUUGCAGCGGAGGUGA